UCAGGUAAUUUCUAAUCAAUAACAUUUAUUGAAAAUUUGUACAAUUCGAUACACUGUAUCCAACGUUUAGUAUAAAAGUAAUAGCUGGAAAGAGUCUUCAGAAGAGAGCCAUUGACCGCCAUGCAGAUCGCCGUCCUCACUUGCCUGAUUUCGCUCUUGCCAGCAAUUUUAAGUGCACCAGACGAAGGUUGCCCAAUGUGCGACCUCCACAACCCACUCCGCUGCGGCCCCAACUGCUUACAAUUAGAUGACCAAGACGCGGCGUUUGAAAUUGACCCAUCAAGGGAAGGGAAAUUGAACCAGAAAAUUCUGAAAUAUGGAUUGGGUCGUGAUCUUAUAUGUCUUAACUUCCCCCCAAAGGGCAAAUAUGGUAGAUUAGAUGCAAGCGUGGACGGAUUCAUUAUCAACAAAGGAAAUUUUAUAUCACUAAAGGAUCUGCUAGAUAUCGCAAAUUCCAAUCAAGGAUACAAGGGAAAUUACAAAAUUCCUCUUGACAGCCACCGUGACAGCAGCAGCGAUAUGAAGCAGACCCUUGAGGCACUCGGUGGUAUUGUUUUGGGCAGGGGUGGUUGGGACAAACUAUCACCUCCAUGGGGCUAACUUUUCUCGAUAAGCCUUCGGAGCUAAAAGUCGAUAGUAUAUUUAUUUUAUAUAAAAUAUUUAUACAAUAAACACUUUAUUUAAAAUUAAACAAAAUAUUUUGGAUUUAUUAUAUCACUUUAAAAGUUA